GACAGAGAACCACAAUGAUUGAAUUCAUAUGGAUUCAAAUGUUUGCAUUGCUGCUGAUUCAGAUUACAGCAACAACAUCAAAUGUAACCUCCAUCGUUAUGAAACUCGGAGAUGACGUCACUCUGCUUUGUCUGAAUGCGAUGGAUGACCAGAAUACCUGUAACAAUACAAUGUGGGCCUUCGCUUCAAGAAACAAACCAACAGUAGAGCUGUUCAGGUUUGGGGAAAUUGGUGAAUAUGCCAAAUCUAAAUCAGACAGACUGAGUGUUGCAGUAAACUGUUCUCUGGUUGUUAAGAAGCUCACAGCUGAGGAUGUUGGUCUUUAUUUUUGUCAGCAAUACAUGUUGGGAAAAAAACAAGCGCAACACUCUCCACUUCAUCAGUUGGUGGUUGAUCUCUCUCUUAUUACUUUGAAUGAACAUAAGGACAAUAGUAAGGCGAUUUUAAACUGCUCUGUGCUGCCAUAUGAAGAGUGUCAUCACACAGUGAAGUGGCUGAUUGACGGUCAAGACAUGGACAAAGAUAACAAAGAAAUAUUGACUUUGCAGACUAACUGCUCAACCACUGUGUCUUUCCCCAAAUCCCAUGAAUUAUACUCAUUAAAAUAUAACUCAGUGAAAUGUGAAGUGACUGAUACUGGCACAGGAAAAGUGGAGCAGUUUACCUUCAUCAGCCAACAGCGCUCUGGCCAAGACACGGAUGACAAGGAAACAACAAAUAAACCAACCAGCAGAACUGAAAUUAGCACUAAACUAGAAGUAACCAUGGCAACAAUGAAGGAAGUUUCUCAAGUUGGGAAAAACAAAACAAAGAAUCCAGCCAGAGAAACUGAAAGCAGCGCAACAUCAGCAACAACCACAACAGUUGUGAAGGAUAUUUCGCAAGAUUUUUCUGUUUCUUUGAGGUUCAUUAUUCUCUCUGUGGGUUUAGCAGCACUUUUAAUAACUGCUGUAACAGUCAAAAUAUGGACGGAAGCUAAAGGGAACAAAACUCAGAUGGAUAAAACCACAGUACAUUUUGAUAACAAAGAAGAUCAUGUUACAAUAAAGUCUGAAAACACUGGAGACUCUGCAACUUCCAUCUGACUGCAAUGAUCAUCACCAAAAUCAAUUCCAAUUGCUGUUCAUUUAUCAGUAUCAACUUUUAUAAUUUUAUUGGUCAAAUGCUUAGA